UUCCUCAUUAGAGUUUUGGUUUUACUGCUGUGAACAAGCAACUCAUCGGACAACAUGAAACUCUUCCUGGUCGCUUUUGCCGUGAUCGCAGCUGUGGCUGCCGAUGUCAGCCACCUGCCCUCCAACGAGUACCUGCCUCCCGUCCAGGAGCAGCAGAUCAUCGCCGCUCCCACCAACGAGUACCUGCCUCCCGUGGAGGUUGAGGCUGCCCCUGCCCACGAGCUGGCCGAUGAUGGCUACCGUUACAAGACCCACAAGCGCGUGGUUCUCCGUCGUCACCGUCGUGAUGUGAACGAGCUGUCCAACGAGUACUUGCCCCCUGUCGAGGUUGCUGCUCCCACCAACGAGUACCUGCCUCCCGUGGAGGUUGAGGCUGCCCCUGCCCACGAGCUGGCCGAUGAUGGCUACCGUUACAAGACCCACAGGCGCGUGGUUCUCCGUCGUCACCGUCGUGAUGUGAACGAGCUUUCCAACGAGUACUUGCCCCCUGUCGAUGCUGUUGCUCCCUCCAACGAGUACCUGGCUCCCGUUGGGGAUGCCUCUGAGACCGUCUUGGCCGAUGAUGGCUACCGUUACAAGACCCACAAGCGCGUGGUGAUCCGUCGUCACCGUCGUGAUGUGAACGAGCUGUCCAACGAGUACCUGCCUCCCGUCCAGGAGCAGCAGAUCAUCGCCGCCCCCAGCAACGAGUACCUGUCUCCCGUGGAUGUCGAGGCUGCCCCUGCCCACGAGCUGGCCGAUGAUGGCUACCGUUACAAGACCCACAAGCGCGUGGUUCUCCGUCGUCACCGUCGUGAUGUGAACGAGCUUUCCAACGAAUACUUGCCCCCUGUCCAGGCUGUUGCUCCCACCAACGAGUAUCUGCCCCCAGUGUCCGCCCCCGUCCAGGUUGCUGCCCCAGCUCCCGCUCCAGUUCAGAUCGCCGCCCCUGUCCAGCUGGCCGCCCCCGCUCCCGUCGUGGUUGAGGCUGAGCCCGCUCAUGAGCUGGCCGACGACGGUUACCGUUACAAGACCCAUCGUCGCGUUGUCUACCGCCGCCACCGCCGUGACGUCAACGAACUGUCCAACGAGUACUUGCCUCCUUUCCAGGCUGCUGCUCCCUCCAACGAGUACCUGGCUCCCGUUGAGGCUUCUGAGACCGUCUUGGCCGAUGAUGGCUACCGUUACAAGACCAACAAGCGUGUGGUUGUCCGUCGUCACCGUCGUGAUGUGAACGAGCUGUCCAACGAGUACUUGCCUCCUUUCCAGGCUGCUGCUCCCUCCAACGAGUACCUGGCUCCCGUUGAGGCUUCUGAGACCGUCUUGGCCGAUGAUGGCUACCGUUACAAGACCAACAAGCGUGUGGUUGUCCGUCGUCACCGUCGUGAUGUGAACGAGCUGUCCAACGAGUACUUGCCCCCUGUCCAGGCUGCUGUUCCCUCCAACGAGUACCUGGCUCCCGUUGAGGCUACUCCUGAGACCAUCUUGGGCGAUGAUGGAUACCGCUACAAGACCCACAAGCGUGUUGUGUUCCGCCGCCACUAAAUCAUCCGAUAAAGGCUUCACUAGGUGAUCGAUUUGUACUCAUUUUGGAGUGCAGACCCUACUAUUAGAAUACCUCCUUUUCAUUCAAAUAAAAUAUUACGAUAACAAAUUAA